AGCGCUCGGGAUGUGCGCUUGACACUGGCAGGCCUUGAGUGCAGUCCUUCCAAGUCUCUUGCUCUGUCUGCCCUUCUUCUCCUCUCUGUCCAUGUCCCUCCCCCUCCUAUAACCUUGGUAUCCUUGACUUUCCACCUUUCUCUUCCUCUCCCUCACGCCCUCGAUGCUUCUUCUAAGACGAGACCGACGACCCGCAGACGACUCUUCUCCUGGAAACUCUCCCAUAGCUUAUCGUCGUACCAGUAUUCCAUCUAUCAGUGCCAUUUCUAUCACGUCUUCGCCUUCUUCUUCCACUCUGUCCUCUGGCAGUCAGCGCAGAGCUCCUCUCGCUACUUUGCAUACUCAGCCCUCUGCAACCGCUGCCCUUGACGACCAGAUGUCCGCUUCUUCUUCCUCCCAAUAUGCCUACUCAAUACAGGACACAUCAAUGGCCUCCGAUCCCAAGCAGGAUCUUUCCCGCUUGAUAUCGCGCCCCAUUGCCACUAAUCGCUCCCUCAAUGACGAUCCAAACAGCCUGCCACCCCCCAGGAAGAGAUCCAUACCCGCAACGGUUCAAAUCGUGCCACGCCUUACCCGCAGAGUCGUUCUACGCAACGACGUCCUAGCAACACCUCUAUUGCCACCGCUUCUUCUGGUCGCCGUACUUCUCUUCCUGCCAUUCAUGCUCACGCUCCUCCCGUUGUCUCCAUUCAAACGGAGAACACUUUUUAUCCCCUUCCAAAUACUGCCGAUGACUUGUACUCAGGCUUGUCUACCUUCACCUUCGGAGUUCCCCUACCUUCCUCUUCUUACCCGGCCGACACCUCUGACAUGAUCAGCCCGUUGACCCAGGUUCCGGGCAACAUCAACCUGGAUCGUACUCCUCGACCCUCCAUCUCAGGUCCCAGUGGUACAAAGCCACCAAACUCAUACACCAAAACUCGGCAUGGCAAACAGAAAGUCAAAGACCAUUUGGACCCAGAUAUGGGUGAUGACGAAUACGAAGAUGAAGAUGACGCCGUGAGGCAGAAAUCCCGCUCUAAAAUGCGUGCUAUCGACGACGGCUCUCGACGUCCCUCACUACCGACAAACGUCUACAUUCCAGAUGCUUCAGACCCUUCAGCACCUGCUUCUCCUGUUCAGGUACGACAACAGAGAUCUCCUGGCACUGGUUCAGAAUUGGACAGCGGCGUGGAUGAUUCUGAAGCUGAUCCUGAAGAUGGUGAUCAGGGUGAACUGGACACUGACGUUGAGUUUGAUCUUCAGGGCCACAACGCUGUCGAUGAUAGUACCAUGCUGUCCGACUCGGCAUCACAACACACCUUUGGUGUUUCAGGUGGUUUCGAUUAUUAUGGUUACCGGCAAGGCAACAUCCUCAACUCGGAACGAAUGAGCAUCAACGAGGAAGAUGGAGAAGAUAGCGACUCCAGAGAUGUCUCUGUCUCACCUGUUACGUUCUCCCGCCACGAGUACGAUAGCGAGGGUCCGGAGGUAGAUACGUUUUAUGUUGGGCCUGAGCAACCGUCACCCGAGAGGCGCGGUAGCGUACCAUGGAACAUCCCUGGUGCUGUACCUAGAGAUAGCAUUUCUGGACCCUCUAGGGAUCGAGAGGACAGUAUGGCAACAAUAACUGCUCGACGCGCCAGUCGAAGUAUGGAUGACGACCUAAACACGAGUCCCGUCGACCUGUUCAACAAUGGUGCCGCCAGUCAUCCCGAAACCAAAGCCGAUUUUCGAAGUUUAGAAGCUCAUGGUCUUGCUCAACAGGAUGAGUCUGAACAGUUGGAGUUCCAACAGCCACCUUUUGCAGACGAUGAACAGCAACCUGUUGUUGAGGGUCCCGCCAAUGACGUUUACCACGGUUUCAACAUGGAUUACAUCCUCUCUGGCCCGCAGAGUGCAUCGUCUCGACGAUCAUGGGCACCUUCCAUGGUCCAUCCUGGUUCAUCGAUGGUAGAAGGUCGACGUCCUAGUACUUUUACUACCGCAUCUGGAGAAGACGCUUUCACGAAGCACUUGAGAGAUGCCGAUGAUGCCUACAACGAGAGGCGGCUGGAAUGGAGUUUCAGGAUGGAAUCGAAUGAUGGAAAGGGUCCCCGAGCGUCGACGGCUGCGCUUGGCCCUCUUAGCAAAGCGGAGAUGCGUAAACCGAUGGAGCCAGGUACUCAGGAGAUCUGGAGGCAAGCACAUAUUGGUCGCUUCAAGGUCGAUCGUUUGCUUCUGAAAUCUGACCAACCUGACAAGGCACCUCAACAGCGUGUUAACAUCAGACAUAUCGCCGAUCCCUUCUCCCUCGAAAACAAACGCGGUGGCCCUCAUUCCGUCAUUCAUAAACACUCGCGAGCCGUCGCUUUCUCCAUCUUCCGUGCCCAUAGUCUCUUCAGUCAAGCAGCACGUCGACGAACACCAUCCCACAUGAGCGCGAGUAUCAGUAUUCUCCUUGCGACCAAAAAGGUGCAAGAACAGUAUACGAGCACGCGAACGACAUCGAAGUUGAACUCACAUGGGUUGUUGGAGGAUAGGCCUCACAGACCCGGAGCAAGCUUGGCCGGAACGACUGCAACGAACUCUUCGAAGGACAACGUUAGUCAGUCUUCUCGAUCCGGUAGAAGCAAGUCCCGAAGGCGUCAUGAGGAUGGGAAUGCAUCGAGUGCUACUUCAGGUGUGGGAACUUCGAGCCACACCACGAGUGUGCAAUCAACUGCUUCGACCAGUGCAUCGUCCGCCAUGGCCAAAUCACCCUCCCGCUCCCCUGAACCUUCCUCGUCGCAACCACAAUCACCUGUUCUGCGUCAAGCUGACAAUCGCGGUCACGCGACCUCACUCUCUUAUAAUGUGACAGAUCCUUUCCCGUCGCCUGUCGAAUCACGCCCUUCCGCCUCGUCUCCUACAAAUACGAGUAACGCCCCUGCCAAAUCUCCAUCGGAGCUGACACAGACGUCAAUGUCUUCGAGGACAGCGGCGCUUACGGAUCGUAUGGACCUCGAUGAUGAUGAACUUGACCCUCCGAGGACUUCCCAUGCAGAAGCCUUUGCUACUGUGGAUUCGUCGUACCUCGAGUAUGUGCGUGGACGCUCGGAGCAACGUCCGCAGGAAGACAUGUCGUCGCAUUCUUUGGUUGGCGCUUUACGCAGGAAGUUGCUGGGGCAAGGUGGAAAUAAAGUCAGUUCGAGGCCGACAGCAACAGGCACUUCUACGGCUGCUCUUGAAGGGAACUAUACGCCUCCUUGGCUAACGAUGGCUCCACGUUCAAAGCAAGAAGAGCGGGAACGUGUUAUCCAGACUUUGAACGAAUCCUUCAAGGAUGUUGGUCUUCUACCUUCGUUCAAGCCUUCUAAGCCUUAUAAUCCCAAGCAUAAAUCUCGGAAGAACGCGUCUAGUACAAACAUCUUCGCAAACGUUCCUUCGGAGUCGCUCUAUAUGUUGCUUCCUUUAUGGCCCGGUGAGACGGAUCAAGCUUCCGCUGAACAGAACGAGGAUCCAGCGACGUACAUCGUACCAGUGGAGGAACGUCAGUAUCUUCUUGUUUACUACGUGCCGUUCCAAGAGGAUCCGAAGAAGAAGAAGGGGGACAAGAAAAGGACUAGAGCGGAGACUCACGUUCUCUCCAACUCAUCGUCUAGUCAUAAUGGAGCGCACAUUUCCCUUUCCUCCUUCCGCGUCUGUGCUCGCCUCGUUUGCUAUGCCGACCUACGCGAGACAGGCGUGCGUUUGCCUGACUAUGGUCUUUCUGUGACUGGCUCUAUGACCGAGGCAACCAAGUACCUCCCACCGAAGUCGAUUCGAGAGAAGGCUUUGGACGACGUCAUCAUUGGUGUGUGUCAUUCUCGACGAGCGGGCAUGGAGUUCCUGGCUGAAGGUCUGACCGUCCUCGGUUUGUGCAAACCUCCGGAAAACGAACCUGUUUUGCCCAUCAAGGAGGAAGAUCCUAUCGAGGAGGUUGAAUCGUUCCUCACACCUAUCGGGCGUGCUGCCGUCGAGAUGGCUUGGUUGGGUUGUAUGGCAUUGACUUGUUUCUGAAGCUAUGGUUCUCCUUUUUUUUUUGCUUGGUUAAACGACAUGAACGGCAUGUAGAAUCUUCCACUCACCUCAUGUGUCCCUCAUCUCUCUCAUCUCUUUUUUUAAUCUCCCAUCUCUCAUCAUCUAUCUCAUCCUCCCGUUCAACAUAUAUUUUCCCGAUCUCUCUCUUCACCAGUGUAUCAAUUCUUCGAACGAACGUUUUUUUCCAAUGGUUCAACCUCCCUCAUGCCCUCUCUGUUUGCUCAUUGUGAUACCCUACCCUCUGUAUACAUUCGAUUUCCUGACUUUCUGUCGACUAUUCCCUUACAUCGUAGCAAUCUCUCUGACUGGAAUAGAUCUCUGUAUUUUUGUGAUCAUUGUCAAAUGGGAUUUUGGAGUGCAUUCC